CCAAAAGAUCGAUUUUUCUGGUCUUUUCUGUUUGCAAAUACACCAUUAACGAUUUGGACUUUCAUGUCUUCAAUUUUUGUUCCUCCAUUUUCUUUUUAGUUUGGGAAAUUUGAUCCUUUUUUUUUUUUGGAGAACAGAGAAUUUGGUUGGUGCUCGUAGUUUUAUAAUCCUGCAACCUGUAGAAAUUGGAUUCGAACUUUUCUAGGGGAUUUAUUGUAUUUUACUGGUUUCCGCCUUUCAAUUUUAUUCAUCAGAACUUCUCUAUUUCUCCUGAUGAACUUACCUUGUUCUCUGUUUCUCUUCUUGUUUGCAGCGGCUAUUAAAUCUUUAUAAUUGGGAGAGCUUAAGGAAGGAUAUUUUGAAGUUGGAAAUAGCCAUAACCUGAUGUCUGAUAAUCCAAAAACUACUAUUUUUACUGCUUUGAAGCUCAUCCGGAGCUUCUCUUCUGAGGUUAUUAGGAGCCCAACCUCCAUUCUUGAGAUCAAACCCUUCUCUGUAGCAAACCAUCCUUUCUUUUCCGAGAAAAACUGUAGAAAGCCCCAUUGGAGCAAUAAAGACUCAAGAGGCAUAGGCCUUGGCAUUAUUGAUGUUCUUAUAAAUUGCAAGUCCGAUAACAGAUCCCUGAAUUCCAGUAGUAGAAUGAUUGUAUUUGGUUCACAACUAAAGAUUCAAAUCCAUCAAGUAGAAUCCAGCUCCAAUUCUUCAACUGGGUCAGUUGAGUCUCCUUACUCUCCUAUAGAAUUUGGUAUCAAGAACAAAGAUUCACAACUUGCUCUGCUCUCUCCUCCUGAUCUGAGCAUCGAAGAUCUUCCACCUUCUCCUGAAUUUUUGACGAGGGAAAUUGAGCUUUUGGAGGAAUAUACCUGUGUGAUCUCUCACGGUCCGAAUCCAAAGAAAACUCAUAUCUUUGACAACUGUAUUAUGGAGAACUCUGAUAAUGGCUUUGCUAUGUGGAAGAAGGAGAACAGAGAAUUCUCUGACAAGAGCUCAGAUUACCCUUCUGCUGAUUUCUUAAGUUUUUGCCAUGCUUGCAAGAAGACGCUUGUGUGCGAAGACAUUUUCAUGUACAGAGGUGAGAUAGCAUUCUGCAGCCGUGAAUGCCGCCAGCAGGAGAUGAUCUCUGAUGAUGAACUGAGAAGCACUUCAAAGAAAUUUUAGAUCCAUUAUAGGGUUAAAUCUUAUGUGGAUGAGAAAUAUUUUCUUUAUUAUUAUUUUUUCCUUUUUUCUUUUUAAUUUUUGAUUGUGUAGUAAUUUGAUUGUUUGGUGAUGUUGUCAAUUUAUUAAGAGGAUUGCAUCAUUGAAAAUUGGUUUUAAAUUAAAGCUUCUAUUGGGAUAA